AGACCACUGCCCAGGUACUUGCAUUGCUCCAGACACCAUGGCUCCAAUCUCGAGCAAAAAGCGCACCACGGCGCGCGCAAAAUCCGCCCGCACGUCUCGACCGCGAAUAACCCUCCCCGCCCAGGACGACGCUCUCUUUCCAUCGUCUAAGAAAGACAAGCGCACAAUCAGGCACUCCGCCUUCGUCAGCAAAAUCGAGAAAUCGCACUCCAAAACGCAAAAGCGGCGGCGGCCGAACAAAAAGCUCGUUGCCAACCUCGAGGCCCUAGCCGAUGCACUACCCGGCCUAGAGAACGGGGACGGGAAGGAUGAGGUUGUGGUGGGCCAAGCGAAAAUACAAAGGAAGAGUUUGAACAAAAGCAGGCCGGGGGCAAUGAAGAGGCUGGAGGAGCUUGAGAAGAUGGAGAGGGAGAGAUUCAACAUGAAUCUGGCGCAGAUGGCGACAGGAUCUGGAACGAGUGGCAGAAGCGCGAACGGAAGCUCAAUAUCGGAUCGAUGGGCAGCGCUGAAGAGCCAUGUGCAAAGCACAACAGAGAUAAAACCGGAGUUCACGAAGAAAUGAGAAAUGCCGAAGGAUGUCAGUAUGGACCCUUGACAAUUCUCGCUUGGAAAAGCCCACUACCAAGCAUCUACAUAUUCGAUUGGAGGUUGUUAAUCCCGAAGCGGCUCCGCUAGGGCGAAGCUAGCUCUAGUCGGAAGAGAUUGUACCGGAAGGGCCAGGUUUUGCCUUUCAAAGGCUAUAUCUAUCACACCCCUAACGCCAGGGUGGAGUAUGAGCGACUUCAAACGGUCGGUCUUCCACUCUAGCUUCACUAAUGUGUACGCUGGUGCAGUGUGUUAGUCUCCUUGCGAGUGAUCUCUGCGCAACAAUAGGAACCGGACCUCAUUAGCUAGAUAUUUCAUGCCUAAAUGAGUAACGCAGUAAGCAUGGUUCAAUAUCAAAUAUUCCUGAG